GCUUAACGGAAGUCCUUGCAGGCAGCCGGCGGUAGCUGAAGGAAUCUGGCUGUGGUGUCGGAUAGUACCGUGAGUUACUGUGGAUCCAGCAGCAGAGAGUCUCAGCAUCCAGCCUUAAUCUUAGCAGGCGCGGAGACGUUUUUUGCGUCAGUGAAAGCGAACAUGAUGGCAGCCCUGGGCAGCGCCGGUCGUUCGAUCCAAUUUGCCAGGAGCAGCUUGAGUCUGAGUUUGAGACGACGCUCCACUGCUGCAGCCGCCGCCUACGCCCAGACUCCAGAGACGCAGGAAAACAGGAAACCGAAGACGGGGAUCCUGAUGCUGAACAUGGGAGGACCCGAGAAGCUAGAAGAUGUUCACGACUUCUUGUUACGCCUCUUCAUGGACACAGACCUGAUGAAACUCCCAGUACAGAAUAAACUCGGCCCAUUCAUCGCCAAGCGGCGCACACCGAAGAUCCAGGAGCAGUACAGCAAGAUCGGAGGAGGCUCGCCCAUCAAACACUGGACGUCCAUGCAGGGGGAGGGCAUGGUGAAGCUGCUGGACGAGAUGAGCCCUGAGACGGCUCCUCACAAGUUCUACAUCGGCUUCCGGUACGUUCACCCGCUGACGGAGGAAGCCAUUGAGGAGAUGGAGAAAGAGGGAGUGGAGAGAGCUGUGGCCUUCACGCAGUAUCCUCAGUACAGCUGCUCCACCACAGGCAGCAGUCUGAACGCCAUCUACCGUUACUACAGCAACAGAGCUGACAGGCCGAAAAUGCGCUGGAGUGUCAUCGACCGUUGGCCCACACACCCUCUGUUGGUGGAGUGUUUUGCAGAACAUAUCAGAAAUGAACUGCUGAAGUUUCCAGAAGAUAAGAGAGAUGAUGUUGUCAUUCUGUUCUCGGCACACUCACUCCCCAUGGCUGUUGUAAACAGAGGUGACCCGUAUCCUCAGGAGGUGGGAGCCACAGUUCAGAGGGUCAUUGAAAGACUGGGUCACUGUAACCCCUACAGACUGGUGUGGCAGUCCAGGGUGGGGCCCAUGCCGUGGCUCGGUCCCCAGACAGACGAGGUGAUCAAAGGUCUGUGUGAGCGAGGGAAGAAGAACCUGCUGCUGGUGCCCAUUGCCUUCACUUCGGACCACAUAGAGACCUUACACGAGCUGGACAUCGAGUACAGACAAGUGCUGGGAGAAGAGUGUGGGGUGGAGAACAUCAGGAGGGCCGAGUCAUUGAAUGGGAACCCUCUCUUUAUGAAGGCCUUGGCAGACCUGGUCCAGUCCCACUUGAAGUCCAACGAGCCAUGUUCCCGUCAACUGACCCUGCGCUGUCCGCUGUGCACCAACCCCACCUGCGGAGAGGCGAAAUCCUUCUUCGCCAACCAGAAGCUCUCAUAGAAACUCAAGACACACAUUCUGAUGCAGCAGGGCUACCUGUGGAGGAGCUCGAGGCCUUCUUCUAAAAAGCUUCAUUCAAACGCACAAGCCCACACCACCUCUCCAACAAGAGUGUCAGUUAACCAGGAAAUGCCACCAAGAAAGGACCAAAUGGUUUCUGCAAAUGUAUUCCCACACACACAUUUACUUUAGGUUUUGGUCUUUAGAGGGGACUAAUAUCUGCCUUUCAAAACCUCUUUAUGCUACUUAAAUUCAUCAUUUUAUUUCACCAGAGAGGUUAAACCGUCAACAGAUACCAUUUGGUCAAAGCUUGUGUAGAUUAGAGAACUGGGACAUCACAUGACAGGAAAAAAUUGCACUAAAAACUGCAUUUCCCCUUACUCACAUUCCAUUUGCUUUGCGCCUGCAAACUUCCAUCAGAGACCCCAUUUUCUUGCCUCUUCGCUGGUGCUAAAUGACUAACAGUCGGCCAUGAUGACACAACACGCACCCAAAGGGUUCUGGGCUGUCUGGCCAUUUCCUUCGCCCUUCAUCUCACCUGCUGCUUCACGCCAUUGUCUCUCCAGGUGGUAGCCCCGCCCAUCCUGUUGUAACUCCUGCAAUUUGAUUGGAGGAGGUUGGAUCCUGUGUGAUAGGAGGGUACUGGCGGGCUUAAGAGAGAAAAAGAGGUUCAUAUUUAAAUUAAAUAAAACUAAAUGAAUUCUUGUGAUGAUCCUUCAUCUGCUCUAAUUUCAUAAAUGAACCCCAGUGAAGCUGGGAAACUAGAGUCACACACUGACCCUGUGAGUGUCAUAAGCAAGCUAGAAAAAUACGUUGCUUCUGUUUUCCUGCUGAGGGAAAAACGGAAACCAAAACAAGUCAAAAAGCGAUGAGGGAUAAUCGAACUGUUCACAUCUUGAGCUGUCCGUAUCGGUAAAGGUCCAGCCUGUGAGUUAGGGGUUGUGUGCAGCUAUUUAUUUUGAGAGCGAUUGGCCCAGUGACGUGACCAGGAGAUGAAACAGUAGCUGCAUACUUUUUUUAUUUUUAUUUUUUUCAAAUAAAGUAAAAUGAAUGUAAUGAAGAGACCAGUCAGAAAUGUGACUUAAAAUUGUAGCUUAACAAGGAAGAAGUUACCAUAAAAUUGUGAAACUAUAUCAGUGAAGCUGCUCAUGAACCCUCCAUGAGGAAAAACAAAGAGGGAACAGACGUUACUGGUUUUUAUAGUAGCAGUACUGUUUUCACAAAUUGAAUAACAGCCACCAACAUCAUCAAGCUUAAAAAUAUCUGGAAAAGGGGGGGGGAAUGACAUUGUCUGUAUCUGUACACCUGAAACUGAAGCUAAACCUAAUCUCUUUAAAGAUGAGGAAAGUAAGAAGGAAAAACAAGCAAUUAAAAAGAAAAACUAAGUGAUCAACACGAGAUAUCCUCACAUCUGUUAAAGGUUUUAAAGGCUCGUACAGCUAUAAGGCCGAACCGAUUUGGUUUCAAUGGGUGUAACAAUUCUGAAAAGACUAAAAUCAUCAUAUUAAUGCUGCUUACUCCCAUUUUUCUAUUGGGCAUCACCAACUUAGAGUUUUUUGUUGCUGUUAUGGUUUCUCUUGUGAGCCAGUAGAUCAGUACUAGUUGAAUACUUUAAAUCUUCUUUAUCAGUAUAGGUGCUGAGUCGGUGUCAAUUCCAUCACUCUCUAACCAGAGCCAACGUCAGAAAAUGUCUUUAUUCUUUAAAGUAUCCCAUCCUUUGGGGCAUGAUAAGAACUGGCUUCAGUUUGGAAGGACUGAACAAAAUGUAGAUGAGUGCAGAGAAGUAGCUCGAAAAUGACAUUUGUCAGGUGUUUAACUGCAGUUAACCUCUGACUGCUGUCUGCAUAUAGAAACAAUUCAUCCUGAUAUUAUUGUAUCCAAUUUAACCAGUGAUUAGUCUGAAUUAAAGAAUUCUAUAAUUGA